GAUAGAUAGAGAGAAAGAAAGAGAAGGCUAUAUAGAAUAGAAUUUUAGUCCUUAAUCUGACCUUUAUAUGGACAUUUUUUCAAAGUACAUUUAUUAUACGUAUAUAUAUGUGUGUAGAUAUUUAUAAUUUACACACGAAUAAUGUGAUUAUUUAUGAAUAAGGGCGUAUUUUUCUAAAAGUGAAGAAUGUGAUACAAAAGUACUACUCAUGAUUACUUCUCAGGGAGAAGAAUAAAGUUAUGUAAAAGGCACAAAAAUAUUCAAAACAAAACAAAAAUAUACAUUUAAUUCCAGUUGAGUGAACUUUUGCUAUUAUUUUCUGUAAAAGACUUAUGGAAUUAUACACUAAAGUUUCUUUGAAAGAAACAGAAUUAGAUCUAAGUCAUGUCAUUCAAAUGAUUAUAUCAAUUCAUUAAAUGUUUCAAUUGAUGAGAUGACAGAUAUUCCAAAACAGUGUUCACUAUCAACAAGAACAUCAACGCCGACGUCAACACCAACACCAACGCCAGGAACAACAAUUACUGCAAGUCGACUUCCGCAUUCAUCAACCUAUUUAACUGGUAUCAAUGAAGAUACAAGAGGUGAAUCAUUUCAUUCAAUUAUUGAUCUUCAAGGGGUUCAUCAAAAACAGCAUAAUUCAUCGAUUAGUACAUGUGCUGUACCGUUAAAUGUUUGCUGUGUUUGUGCCGAUGAAGAUGGUUUACAGUCACUGCAUUCAGAGAUAUUUGUAGUUUGUGCUUCACCAGGCUGUAAAUACAGUGGACCAAUACAUAAAAAGUGUUUAGAUCAUUGGGAUUCAUGUUGUGAUUUCUAUUGUCAGCUGUUGAAUAAUGCAACUAGUUCAAUUCUAUCUCAGUCAUCAUCAUCACCAAUAGAUAUCAAUUCUCCGUCUUCAUUAUCAUCAUCAAUAUCAAAUAAUUUUAGCUUUAAUACUGGUAAUUUUGAUUCACCAAUUAGUAAAUCAUUUAUGGAAGGUUUAUUUCGACUUUAUGAAUGUCCAUUAUGCGGUCAGUAUACAUUGUAUCGAUCAUCGAUAAAUUCAAAAACUGGUCAAACUGAGAAUAUCUCACCCAGUCAUCGCUUUACAAGUGUUCUUUGUGCUAUACAAUAUGCAGCUGAGAAAUUAAAUCAACACGAGAGAUUAGCACAUUCAUCCCUUCAACAGGAUACCUCACAGUUGAACUCACCAUUCACACUGAAUCAACCUGUAGACCAUUAUCUCCCGACAAUUGGAUCAAUGCCAAAUUUCAAUGCAGAUGAAGUUAAACAUCAACCAGCAUCAACAUUUAGUCAACCAUUCACUGGUAGAUCACAUUCAUACGCGCAUCCACCACCGAUUACAAAUAAAUUUAGUGAUAUUUUAAGACGAUUUUCAUUGAAUCGGGAGGCGAAUGAUACUACUUAUUUAUCAGCUGCUAGCAAACAUAGUAGUAGUGAUACAAGCAGUGGAUAUUAUAGUAGUCAAUCGACUGGUGACAGUUCUAUCGAUCCAAGUCGACGUAAUAGCAACAAUUCAUAUGCAUCAUUAAUGUUAGGCAUAACAACAGCAAUGAAGUCACCAGAGGAGGAAAAAGAGGAUACAAUGAAAUUACACGAAGAUAAUUCUAUACCCUGGAUGAUGCCAACGAAUCAACCUUUACCGAGAGCUUUGAUUAAGACAUCUACUAAAAGUGGUCCAACUAAACUGUCAUCAGAAACAAAUCCAAUGAAUGACCUACUUCAACGUCCAGCUGAUUUGUUGUUAACCUCCAUGCCUACAGAAUCCACAUCAUUAUCAACAGCCUCCACAAGACGAAGAGCUGGUUCAAGUAUCAGUUUCGAUGAGACUUUCGAUACAAGUUUAGAUGCUACUAUUGUGAAUAACCCCAGUAGUAAUAAUAGCAAUAAUGCCGUCAACAGUCAUAAUGACAUUAGAAGUAAUAAUAAUAAUAAUAAUAGUAACAAUGAUACCACUAGCAACGCCAAUAAUCAUAACACUAUGAGCAGACCAAUUUCUGUUAUCGGCAGUCGACGACAUCAUUCAACAUCUUCAACUUUAAGUAGUACAAAUACAAGUAAUACAACUAAUACAAUGAACAAUAAUAAUAAUAAUAGCAUCGUUAAUAAUAAUAAUAAUAAUUUUAAAUCAAGUUCCGCCUGGACAAAUGAAUCAUUAACGAAUAAGUCAAGAAUCAGUCAUUGGCAUAAUAAUAGUAAUAAUAAUAAUAGCAAUAAUAAUAAUAGUACAGAUACAAAGGGUAGAAAAACUGUCAAUACUAAGGGGAAUAUCUUUCUACAACGUCGUGAUUUCAACGUAUUCACGAAACUUCCAAAUUAUAAACAGAAUGCAUAUUUUAUUCAAAUGGAUGAUGAUAGUUGUACAGGGAAUGAAGAUACACGAGCAUUUCUCCUUGCUCAGCUGACUAAUCAUCGUGUCUCUGAGGUAUAUUGUCUAGCCUGUCAACAGAUGUUACCAGUUUAUGAUCAUUUUCCUGUGAUUGAUGGUAUCUUUUUCAUUAGUCCAUUAUGUCAUCGUUCCACAGAGGGUUAUCGUAAAGGUGGAGGUCUACGAGUGACUUGGCAUACAAAUGGUAUACAAAAUCAAUCAAUACCACCACCACCACAACAACAACAAAGUCAACAACAGCAACAGCAACAAGCUAAUCGUACUUCAAAUUUCAAUAACACUAACAAUAACAAUAAUAAUAAUAACAGUACUAAUACUAAUAAUAGUAAUAAUAAUUUGAUCUCUUCAACAAAUGAUUACCAAAAUAUCAAUAAGAUAGCGCUGAAACUGUUAGCCCCUUUGAAGAUUAUGUCACCACCGCCUGGUUGUCUUGGACCACGGCAACAAUUGAAUUCAGUACAGCAUAACAAUAUGAUUAAUAUGAUUACGUCGGAUCAAAACAGUUUACUGUCAAAUUCAACGUCGUCCUCAUCAGUAUUAUCCUCAUCGAGAUAUUCCUCCAUUACCACAUCGACGAGACAGGGACGUUAUUUGCAUGCCUUAUGUAUGAAUUGUAUGCAUACAGAAGAUUUGAUUUCAAACAACAAGUUAGGCGAUGUAAAAUGUAUAAGGUGUAAAGUGUGUGGUAAACUUUGGUCUGUACUGGGUGGUGACGCGGGUUCGAAACUCUCAGAAGGGAUAUGAAUUCCUUCAAGGUGGUUGCAGAUGCGCCUUGCUGACUGUUAAGUUUCAAGUGGUUGGUGUCCAAUUCUUUCUACCGAUCGCCUUCAAUCAUGUAAUAUAUGAUAACUAUACUGGUCAUUGUUUUGUAGACUGAAUCCAUCAAACAAUAGAGUGAAGCUUGUAUUGUGGUCAGUUAAACAUGUCUACAGAAGAAAAUUAAGACUCCUAAAGGAAAUGUAUUUCAUGGGCAUCAUUACUUGUUGGCGGUCUUUAUACCUAUGAUAUAUUCGCUGCAGUACCAUGCUGUUCAAAUCAUUUAACUUGUGGUUCAUGUCAAUCACGUUUAGAUGACUUAACUCUUCAGAAUUCUUCAUCACCAGUCCCACAACAACAGCAACAACAACCACAGCAGACAUCAACAGAAACUAUAAUGAACGUAUCAUCGAAUUAUCUACCUCCUCCUGCUCAUCACCACCAUCAAGAUCAAUCAGGAAUCAAUAAAAUCAAUGAAAUGAAGGAUAAGUCGUCUACACAUGAUCUCACUAUUAAAUCUUUCCCAUUAAGUUAUUUUAGUCAAUAUAGUAACUUGAUCAUUUGUCCGUAUUGUUCAAAAGUCGAUUAUCAUUUUGUUAAACUAUUUGAAGAUACCUACGAAGUUGUAAGCUGUUGUUCUUAAGAAGACGAAUACUGGAAAUUUCUAGAUUUUUAUUGAUUUAAUCGGCUUAAUUUUUUUCAAAGUUUUAGCAUUUUUCAUUCUUAUUUUACGUGACAAAACAACAUACAAAAAAAACAUCAGGGAAAAGAGAUUAGUACUACUGAAUUACUUUUUAGUAGAAAACUCGAUUUCAUCUCAAUCUAUUUUCAAUGUAUUUUGUUAUUAUUAUCAUUAUUAUUACUAUUGUAGUCAUUAAUGUUGCUUUAUUUCGUUCUGCGAAUAUUAAGUAUUUAUCACAGGGAAAGUCCAGGUCCCCACCCCUUUCUCCCAGCAUAUAAAACUUUGAAGGUUGGGUACCAACUACCACUACCUUUCACUUUACGUGUCUGUUGCUCAGGUCAACUCUUAAACUCAGAUGUUAUUCUGCUUUAUUUAAGUAUAAAUUUUAUUGCUAUAGGUUUAAUCUGUAUGUCCUAUUUCUUUAUUCAUAUUUUCAAUCUACUUAAUACUUAUCUUAGUAGUAUGUUUUUAAUUACAUAAAAAUGUAUAUUUUUAUUUAUACGAUAAUUUGUACUGUAGUCCAUUUAUUUUUAACUCACACAAAACUUCAGUUUCUGUGUGUGUGUGUGUGUGUGUGUGUGACACAGAGCGCCAAAUUGUACAAAGAACAAUACAGUAUUGUCUAAUUGAAAUCCUCCUUAUUAUUUAUAUAGAAUAUUAUGUGGAUUUCAUCACUUAAUAUCGUUGUUUUUGGUUUCAUUUCUGAUUUUGUUUAUUUUUUGAAGUUUCCUCGCUUAAAAACGCACAAGGAAGUUUCUAGUUAUUUUCUUUCGCUUAUCGUGUUGUUUAAAUUCUCCAAACAAUAAUUUAAAAAAUAAUUUGUGUAAUUUUGGAUAAGAAAAUAUGAUAUAAUGGAGUUAUAUAUUAGCGUGUGUUGAGACUGACAGAGCACAUACUUUUACUUCGAGUUGCUUUAUUGCAUAUCUUUGGCAACUGUAAUGCAGUCCUCUGUUGCUAUUGUGGUUUAAUGACAAGUCAUACUUCUUUUGUAUGCUUUUUAAAUGAAAUUGUAUACCAAAAAUCCUUUUCUGUGACGUACAUAUUGUCGAUGGCAUCAAAUUCUUGAAAUGUGUUACAUUUUGCUACACUUUUAUCAGAAAACAUCACUUGAUAGUGAUAUGUGCUCAGUGUAAUGCAUGAAAUAGAGGCAGUAAGCUCAAAAGUGAAACGGAGAUUACUCAUGAAUUCUCAUGUAAUCAUGUUGGUUGGUAUGUUUUUGAACCUUUUUUUUUAUUGAAACGCUUCACAAUAUUCAUUGGAUAGGGAGGCAGGUGUAGGUGCCCCCACUUCAAAUAAAGAAAUAUACCAUAUAACCACCCCGUUUCUUUCGUUAUUUAGUUUGGAUUGUUGUCAUUUGGUGACUUCAUUGAUUAUUGGCUUUAAUUUACUUUCAUUAUUAUUAUUGUUAUUAUUUUGUGGGUUUUAACACCUAAAUUUAUGUAUCGAUUUUGAGAAUUAGAGCUUUCACUGAUGUUUAACAAACGUGGACUCUGAAAUCUCAGGGAGUAUUUGUUUAAAAGUUGCUUGUAUUGUUACUAUUUCAUUGCAUAUGUCUCCGUAUGUCUGUCUGUCAAGCUGUCUAUCUGUUUAUCUGUCUAUCUCAGGUAUUGUUGGGAUUUGUAAUAGUUUACAAUUAUUUUAUUCAUUAAAUUAACUUGUUCC